AUGGCUCUAGGUAAAUUAUUACUUUUCUAUGUUAGCGAGAAUGUGAAGGAAAAGAUAAAUGAGUUAAAUGUAAAGGGAAUAAAAAAUAUUGCUUUUAAUGAAGAAGUUGUAAUUAUUUCUUAUGAUUAUAGUGUUAUCGGUUCAUCUGACAUAAUAAAAGCUAUAGACAAUUUUGAUAUUAAUGGUUAUUUUCAGGAAGAUAAAAAAAAUGUAGAUCCUGAAACGUAUAGACGAUUCCUUAGUAGAAAUGACGAUCAUGUAACUAUGUAUAUUUUUCAUUUAAAUAAUAAGAAAGGAAAGAAGAAAAUGUUUAAUAAGACAAGUAGCCAAGAACUAUUGAGUACAAACAUGUAUGAAGAGGGUAAUUAUGGUAGCUUAGAAAAUCUUAAGAAUACUGAUGCGAAUAGUGGAAAACAUUACAGUAACGUAAGACAUGCAAAUGGUAUCUUCAGAGAAGACAAUGAUGAUAAUGGUUAUACGAAUAAUUACACCGAAGAAGAUGAAGAAGGUGAAGAGUAUGACGAAUUUUACAGAAAAAGAGUAAAUGAAAAUUGUCGUUCAGGAUGCCAUACCAAAGGGAAUGAGAUAAAUGGACACUUAAACGGGGAAACAAAUAAAUUUAGAGACUACUCCCUUGGUCAGAAUUAUACAAGAAAUUACUACAAUAGUGAACAAAGUAGAGGUGACUCCAAUUAUGCACAAGGAUCUGAGAAUGGAAGCGAAAGUUUAGAGGUAGUUGGCUCCGUAACGUACUCCACGGAACGGAGCAUUAAAUUUGGGACUGAUGAAGAGAACACAAAAAAUAGAAGAUUUAGUGUUUUAGAUUUAUUUAAUGACAUAACAAGAAAAAAGAAGAAAUGUAAAAAGAAUUAUAUGUAUGCAAAUUACGAUGAUUCCAAUAUAGAUAAAAGUAGUUUAUUAAGUGAUGAUAAAGUUUUAGAAAAUGGUAAGAAGCAACCUUCUCAUAUAAGAAAUGGUAAUAUUUUCCAGGCGUAUGAAAAUUAUAGGAGUAGGAACAAAGAAAAAAUAUAUAUAUGUGAACUGAGAAUAUAUAACAUGACAUGUGAUAGUUGUGGAAAUAAAAUUAUAAGUUUUUUAAAGGGUAAAAAUUUAAUUAUAGAUGGUAAUAGCUUUGCUACUGAAAGCAAAAUUAAGUUAAAAAUAAAUACAUCAGAAAAUAAUUUAAUCAGUGUCAAUAUAAAAAGUUUUGUAAAUAAUAUUAUGACGGAAGUAAAAAAUUGUGGUUUUAACAACGAUUUAAUUGAUCUAUAUAAAGAUGAUGAUAGUGAUAACAAGUGUAAUCUAUUUGAUAUAACAUUAUAUGUUUUUAGAGAAGAUGUAAUUAAAUCUUAUGAAUUAUUAAAAAAUGUAAAAGGAAUUAAAAAUGUUGAAUAUGAUAUUAAGAAAGAGUAUAUUUAUAUUUUAUAUGACCCUGAAAUAAUCGGAAUAAGGUUUAUAUUAGAAUUUUUAAAAAAGAAAAAAAAUAUUGAUGCAUAUUAUGAUGAAGACAAAGAAAAAUAUUUCAGAAGUACAAAAUAUAAUGAAACGAGUAAUUCAUAUAAGUUAAUAGAAUUAUUUUGUUGUUUUUUUUUCUGUAUACUUAUAAUUAUACUCAAUAACUGUCAGAUGAAUAUGGGAUAUAUGAACGGCUUUUACUCUUAUGGAAAUUACAAGAAUUAUUUGAUGACAUAUAAAUUAGUAAAUGCAAAAAGAGAAAAAAAUGAUUUAUUUUAUCAUAACAAAGUUAGAAAGGAUAGUAGCUCUAUGCAACCGAAUGUAAGAAGCGCUUAUUUAGAUGAAGAAAGUCUUAUUGCUCAUUACGUUGUAAAUUCAGAUAAUGAAAAGAGGGAAGGUAUGAUAAAUGAUGUUUAUCAAGAGAAGUUACCUAGGCACGAUGCUGAGAAAGGGGGAAUUGCUACUUCAAAUGGCUAUCACAGUAAUACAGAGGGAAAAAUGCACAUAAAUGAGAAAAAAAGCCCAUGCAAGCAUACUACUAAAAAUAAAUGGAUAUCUGCUGAUCAAAAUAAUUGCAAUAUAUCUGACAAGUUUAGUAUUUGUAAUAGUUAUGAUGAGUAUGAAUCACAAUUUAAGAAAGACAAAGGAAGCGACCAUUCUGCAAGUAGUUCCUCAGAUACUACAGAGGUGAAGCAAUUCCCAAAAAAAAAUGUGAAGGAAAAAUGUAUGACGGGAGAAGAAGUAAAGGGUAGAUACGUAAAGGCAAAAAAUGAGGAAGUUGAUCAUUUUAAGGAAAAAAAAAGAAAGGAAAAAAUACCGGAAGAGAAGGAUAUUAAAGCAGGAAAUGUUAUGGGUAAAAGUACGAAAAAUGACGAUGCAAUAUCAAAAAAUGAGGAAGUUCAGCAUUUUAAGGAAUUCAAAAAGGGUGAAAAACAUACGAAGAAUAAUAGCGAAAUGGUGGAGCAUGAGGAGAUAGAAAAUUUUAAGAACAAAAUGGAGGAAAAACCUACAAAAGGGAAGGAUACAAAAGAGGGGGAUAAAAAAGCGGAAAAUGAGAACAUAUACAAUUUUAAGAAUAACAAUGAGGAAAAAAAAAUUACCAAAGGCAAGGAUACAAAGGAGGGAGAUAAAAACGAGGAAAAUAUAGAAAAUGUGGAAAAUAUUAAGAGUAACAAAGUGGAGAAAAAAAUUACCAAAGGAAAGGAUGCAAAAAAGGAAGGUGUCAAAACGGAAGAUGAAAGUGUAAAAAAUUUUAAGGAGAAAAAAGUGAAGGGAAAACUUACCAAAGGCCAUGGUGAAAAAGAGGAGGAUGUGGAGAUAAAAAAUUUUAAGAAUAACAAAGAGGAGAAAAAAAACACAAAAGGAAAGGAUAUAAAAGAGGAAGGUAUCAUAGUAGAGGAUGUGAACAUAGAAAAGGUAAAGGCUGAAAAAACUUACGGUUCUAUGAAAGCUAUACUGAAUUCAAAUUAUUUUUAUAAGGUUUCUGCAAACUUUAAAGACACAGAGAAAAAAAAAAAACCCGAAGUGGAGGAAGUAGAUUUUUUGUACGAUUUCAGAAGGGAUGAUAAUUAUUUGGAUAUUUCGAAUAUAUUAUACCACUUGAACAAUUCAGAGAAAUUAAAACUCAGAUGUACUAAUAUGAAGAAAUGUGUACCCUCGAAAAAGGACACUAAUAAUUACAAAAAGGAAAAAAGGGAAGAAAAUAUAGAUAAAAAGGAAAGAAGUGAAAAUAAAUUUAAGGAAGGAAAAUAUAAACUGAUGAGUUAUACGAAUUUGAAAUAUGACUCAGAGGAGAAAAUAAGAAAAACUUUAUUUUGUAAAAUUGUAAAAUUGUUUGUUAAUAAUCCCGUAUAUAGGUUAAUUGUAUCUUCUUACAAAUCUUCAUUAGAUUCGAAAAUAUUAGGGACAUUACCGUUAAGAUUAUUUUUAAUAUUUCUUUUAAGUUCCAUUGUUUAUAUAUAUUUUGGUUUUAGUUUUAUUUUGAAUGGUUACAGAAGUUUAAAGAAUAACAUUAUUAAUAUGAAUGUAUUAAUAUCUAUUAGUUCAUCUUUUUCUUAUUUUUACUCUUUGUUUCUUUUAUUAUUCUGCUUACUAUUUUCCAUAGACCUAGAUGGAAUACCAUUAUAUUUUGAUUCUUCCGCUUUACUAAUAUGCAUUAUGAAAUUUGGUUUUGAAAUUGAGAAUUUUUUAGUAAGUUUUACAAAAAAGAAGAUUGAGGAUUUGUAUGAAAGAACAACAAAACAUGUUUAUAUUUUAGAAAAGAAAACUGAGAAGACACAAGAUAAUAAAAAUAUGAAGGAACAAGCAAGUAACUUUAUUAACUCGAACGUGGGAAAUGGAGAGACUAAGGAGGAGGAGGUCCAUAAAAACCAUAAUAUUGACAAUAUCCAUGAAGAUAGGUGUAAUGAAGUCCGUAAUGAAAUAGGUAAUGAAAUUCGAAGUAACAUUCAUAAUGACAACAAUUCUCGAAGUGAAAGUAAUACAUUGAUCAAAUGCGGUGAAAACAAAAGCAAUUUUUCCAGUUACGAAAUUGGGGACGAUGAUCAAAAGGGAUUCCUCCUGAACAGCUUUUCACAUAGUGGCAAAGAGAUUGAUAUAAAUAAAAUAUUUGUAGAAGAUAAAAAAAUUAAUUUAAACGAUUUUAGAAUACUUAGUUAUCCUGUGCAAUUUGUGCAGAAGCAUGAUAUUUUAAUAUUUUAUGAAGGAGCAACAUUAUUAAUUGACGGUAUUAAAGUGAAUGAUGAAGUUUCUUAUUUGGACGAAAGUAUGAUAAGUGGUGAAAAGAAAGCUAUUAAAAAAUAUAAGGGUGAUAAAAUAUAUGCUGGAUCUAAAUGUGUUGGAGGAAUAAUUAUGUUAUAUAUUAAGGAUAUAUCAAAAGGAAAUUAUAUUGAGUAUAUUAAGAAAACUUUAGAUGAAGUAAAUUGCAAGAAAACUAAUCUGCAGUUAUAUGCAGAUAAGAUUGCGAGCAUAUUUAUACCAUCUAUAAUUAUAUUGUGUAUUAUAGUAUUUUUAAUAUGGUUCUAUUUAACAUAUUUUGACUAUGUUAAUAUAAAAAGAAAUGCCUAUUUUAAAUUAAACAAAUUUUUAUCAUGUAUAUUUUUUUCAAUUCAUUUUUCUUUGUCUAUUUUGUGUGUUGCUUGUCCAUGUGCAGUAGGAUUAGCUAGCCCCUUGUCCAUAGCAAUCAGUUCUUACAUAUGUAGUAACAUUGGUAUUAUUAUAAAAAAUAUAAAUAUUUUCGAAAUUUUUUUGGAAUGUAAUCAUUUUAUUUUUGAUAAAACGGGCACAUUAACAGUUGGAAAACCGGUGGUAAAUAAAAUAUAUAUUUCUAACAAUUUGGAUCUUUUUAUCGAUCAGUUGUUAAAGAAUAAUUCUGUUAAUAAUUUAUCAAUUAAUUUCGAUAAUUAUAAUACGGUCAGCGAUUUGGAAAGUGGUUUGGAUUCCAGGAAUAAUUUUAAGAUUUUUAAUCUUCAGCACAAGGGAAGGUCAAACACUUUGGGUAGUAACAGCGGUUUCUUAGACGGAUUAAGCGAUCGGAGUUCUUACAAUGGAAUGUAUGAACACAUGGGUGGUGAACAUAUUGGAAACAUAUAUGAAGAGAAAAACAAAGGCGACUUUUCCAGUGAGCGAAACUUCAAAGAAGGUACUGUAGACGAAGCAGGAAAAAGAAGAAAAAGAAUAAAAAAACAAAAUAAAAGUAAUGUAACAUUGAAUUUUGUAGAAAGUCUGCACUGUUCAGGUAAAAAUGUUACUUUUUAUUCUUUUACAACUCAAAAGGAUUAUUACAAAAUCGAAAUAAGAAAUUCAGUAAUGAAAAAAGAAGAAAAAGAUAAUCGAAGAAAUUUGAAAGAGGGAAAAAAUAUUAUAAAUGAUAGGAAUAAAUCCGUUUUUAAUCGUAUCGUUUCAUUUAUUAAUAAUAAAAGGAAAAAAAAUAAAUAUGACAAAAUAUCAGAUAGCUCACUGAAGGAAUAUUUCAUAAAUAAUGCGGAUGUGAACUUAUCCUUAAUCGAUGAUUCAUAUACUAGUGAAACUAGUAGUGAAAUCAGUAGUGAAAAUGAUUGCUCAAAUGUUUAUGGAAAUAAUUAUUUUAAUAGGGAAGAUCUAACAAGUAUGUAUGAUAAAUAUGGUGCUCUGAAAAAGGUACAAAAUAAUUUAAAUAAUGGAAAACCACAUGAAAAUGCGCAUUUUACAAAUAAUGCUCCUUUUGAUGAUAAAGAUGGUGAUAUUAAGGAAAAACUAAGUAAUAUGCUAUACUUAUUUUUAAGCUUAAGUUUAAAUAUAGAAAAAUAUAGUAAUCAUUUAUAUGCUCAGUCUAUAAAUACUUAUAUAAAUAAUAAUUUUUGCAUAAAUGAAACAUUUGAAGUUCAUAAUUUAAAAAAUGAAAAAAACCAAGGAAUUAUUGGUAUAAUAAAUGAUUUAUCAGUAACCAUUGGUACGUUAUUUUUUUGUUACACAAAAUAUAAAAAUGCUUAUUGUAGUAAGAGAGAAGUAAUUGAAGAAAAAUUAAACAUAAAUAAUCUGGAGGCACAUAUAUAUUCUUGUGAUUGUAAUGUUCAUAAAACAUAUCAAUUUUUAUAUAACUAUUCAAAUAGUAAAAAGAAUGAAAGCAAUAAUAUUAUUUUUAUGUCCAUAGAGGGAAUAAUAGUUGGUUUUUUUACUCUAGUGGAUGACAUAAAGCCCGAAGUGUUUGGUUUAAUUCAAUACUUAAAAAAAGAAAGCAAAAAGGUUUAUGUAUGUACAGGGGAUAAUUACAUGAAUGCUAUUUAUAUCUCCAAAAUUUUGGGAAUACCCAAGAAAAACGUCUCUUCAAAUACCCUUCCCAUGGAGAAGGUUCAUUUUGUGAAGAAAAUACAGUCCCUGAAUGAUGGAAAAGUGUGCAUGAUUGGAGACGGUAUAAAUGAUUGCUUUGCUUUGAAGAAUGCGGACCUGGGGUUGUCAUUAAGUACAAGAUCAAACGUUGUGAUGGACAACGCUGAUGCUUGUAUUGUAGAUAAUAAUAUAAGUGUUAUAAUGAAAUUAUUUGAAAUUAGUAGAAAAACCUUGCUAGUAAUAAAAUUUAAUUUUUUAUUUUCCUUCUUUAUCAACAUCUUUUUCAUUUUAUUGGCAAGUGGUGCUUUUUAUGCACUAAAUUACGUGUUGUCACCUUUUCUUUUUACAUUCCUAAUGUUCUGUAGUUCAAUUAUUGUCAUUUUGUCUUCCUUGUCUUUGAAAUUGCUUCUACGGGAUAUAUGA